GGGGAAUUUUUCUACAUAAAAAGUCAAUUAUUGGGAGACUAAGUGAGCAGUUUGUGAUAACAAUCACUGAUGACCUAAGUCCACAUGCCAUGUGAAGAGCUUUUCGUUUCACAAAACAUAAUAGGAGCUCAAUGGGCCUAAAGAAAAAAGUAGAGAAGGCUUUAUUUUUAAAGGUAGGCUACUAUGUAGGCUGCACUUAACUUCUAAAAUGAAAAAGAAACGAUAAAAAAAAAAACAACAACAGCAUUUUAUUAUUAUUUAUACUCCAGGUGUAUCUUAAUUUUUCCUCUAAUCAACAAAAAGGCAUUCCUGAGAAUAUUGUUGUAAAGGUAAUCAUUUCAUAGGUUUUUGCUGUGUCCUUAAUUUAAAUGUUCAUCCUGUUAGUCAUCCUCCAGGUGAAAAUUUACAUACUGUUAUGAUAAAACUUAAAAAGAUGGUUAAAAUUAUCAAAAUAGACAUCAAGUUUGUCCCUCAUGUAGCCUAAUCUGAGCCACUGGGCAAUGGUUAACUUUAGCUCUUUAUUUCCGUCCUGUUUUGUAAUAAGUUAAAGUUAUAAAAGUCUAUCAAUCUAAUUAAUACAUUUACCUGAAUUAAUUGCUCUUUCGUGUGACUGAUCCGUUGAAAUACACAGCACAUCUCGUCCAACAAGCGCAACCGUUGAUUUUUGAAAUCCAUUUGGCGCCACCUAGAGUUCGCGCGCUCACGUCCAGGAACUGUCUGUUCAACAGAUCGCAUUUCCACCCGAGCAAAAUUGACGGUAACACGCAGGAAAUAUGGCGAACCACCUUCGAUUCAUCGCUCGGACUGUCAUGGUCCAGAACGGCAAUGUUGAUGCGGCAUAUGGCGCUCUGAGCAGAGUGCUGUCCUCGGACGGAAUAAUUGAAUCUGUGAGACGCAGGAGAUACUAUGAGAAACCCUGUCGUAUGCGACAGAGAAAGAGCUACGACAACUGUAAGAGAAUCUACAACACUGAGAUGGCCCGAAAGAUAUCUUUCGUAGCAAGGACACAAAGACAAGAUCCAUGGCUUGGAUGUUAAGAUGACAUAAACAGACUGUUCACGUUGACCAACAGAUGAGUCAUGCACUGUGAUCUGCCUCAGAAGCACCUUUGGUGUUUUGCAAAGAUCCAUGGGAACAUUUUAACACUUAGAUCAUCAAAAGGUCAUUGCAGGACUGUGUUCUGUCAUCACCCUAUUUCCAUUUUGGAUGUUGUGAUAUUGUAGGCUAUAAAGCAUUGUAUGUUGUUGUUAAUAAUAAAAAAUUGUUAAAUCAUAAGAACUUGUCAUUUUGAUUUAACAACAUUAACAAUAAAUGCAUUGUAAAUAUA